GUAUUGAGUAGGGCAGCUCCACAUUGAGAGCUCGUUGCUCCCCAACUUUGACCCGCCAUGGAUUUCUCCCACCACCACCUCUCCGACUCCGACGAAGACUCCGCGGUAGACGACCUCCUAUCCCAAGCCAAAGACCACAUCGUCCUCGAGCAGCUCGCCGCCAUCAACUGCUCCUCCCUCACCGACGACUCCGUCCUCCCCACCCACCUCGAGUCCCGCUUCUCCAAACUCAAGUCCUUCCCGGCCUCCAAGCCUAAGUCCUCCGCCACAACCACCGCCUCUUUCCGUCGGAAUGAAAACCCAGAUGAGAAAAAGGUCCCUACUCCGAAAUCACAAUCUGGGUAUGUCUCGCCGCCUCAGGAAUCGCCGGAGUUUUCACCGGAAAAGGGCGUUCAGUCGCCUUUAAAGAGUUCGAAGCCGAAACAGAAACAUGGGUCGGGUUCGUCUCGCUCGAAUUCGUCGAAUUCUUCACCGGAGAGUGCGAUUUUCUCACCGGCCAAGAGAGUUUCAGGGAGGAAGCAGCGUUCGAAAUCGAAAUCCAAAGUGAAAUCUGGGUGGCUGUCUUCUCCGUUGGGUUCUUGCAAUUCGCUGAGGGAGGACUCUCCUUCGCCGCCGAGGAAAGCCGGGUGCUUCUGGUGUUCCCCGAAGAGCAAGAGUGCUAAUUCGUCUCAGAGGAAGAGUAAAGAAAAUGGGGGUGUUGGUGGUGGGAUUGGUUUGGAUUUCAGCGACGACGAUGAGGUCUUUUCAGGUUUGGGGAGUUUUUCGAAGAGAGAGCAGAGCAAGAUUCUGAAGAAGGCAAUGAAGGAGGAAGAGAAGAUCAGUAGAGAAGCUGAGAAAAUUGUCAAGUGGGCUAAGCAAGAGUCGGCUAGGAUGAAUGUGACUGGUAUUGACGAUGAACUUAGUGAUGAUUAAGAGUAGUGUUUACUACUAUGGUAAUCAAUAAUUUUGGGUGUGAUAGAAGCAAAUUAGGACGUAUAGGUAGAUAUCUGUUUUUGGUUUGGGUGAUCAUAUCUCAUAUAGAAGUAAUAUGGUAUACAUGAAUCUGUGUUAUAAAUGAUGAAGUGCUUUGAAUUUGUUGAAUUAAAUGAUAUGUGCUAGAGAAGUAUGGUGUUUCCAUAGCUAGUUAAAUU